UUUACAUUACGUUUGGCGCUCAAACUGAUAAAAAAGGCGGGCUUUGGACCCUCAUUAUCGCCCGUAGCAAUUAGUAAGCAUUAUCACAGGGAACAUCGCGAGUCCGUAAACAGAGUGUUGAAAAUUUUGAAAAUUUUAACGGACAUCUGCAUCACGUGUAUAUAUUCGUAUAUAAAAACAUGUCUCAGCCGUCAGUAACGGCGUAUUUUAAUACGCGCAAGCGACAAGCUACUGACGAUUUGCGAAGCAAGGCAAAGGUCUUGCUUCUUGAAGGAGACCAAACGAGGUUAGUGAGUAGCCAGAGUCGAAAUUCCCAAAAUAAAGAUACUUCGGAAUCGUCCGGAUCACACACAUUGGCUUCAAUCACAGAGGAUAGUACAAUGGGAGCAAGUCCAAAAGUGAUUCUAGUUCCAGAGAAAGAAAUGGCAAGUAAUCGUGCAAUGAAACCAAAUUCUGCUGUUCGCAAUAUACAAUUCGAUUCUCCCAAAUCAAAUGUACAAAAAACAUCUAAAAGCAAUCCAAAGCCUAGAGCUUUGCGCUCUCGAAAACUCUCUGGACAAGAGGGUCAGGCAGAUAUUCGAGAGAGUUUCCAGAAAGUUACAGAGGAUUUGGAUGCGAACAAAGUAGUAUUGUUUGAGAAAAAAGGAGCUCUUAGUCCAAAGAAGAAACCUUCAGGAACACCAAAAAAGAAUAAUCCCGCUGCUGAAAAUCUAUCGAAUGAUCAAUCUUUGAAUAAUUGUACUACUCCAAAAAAAGGUUUAACUAUGGACAAACUAGCAAAACAGGAAUUGUCUAUAACUGAUAUAAAGAACAAAAUUAACAAGUCAGGACGACUUGCAGAAUUAAAAGCUUCUAUUGCAAGAUUUAAGAAUUGUGAACAAAAGUUGGACAAAUUACAAAAGCAGAAUGAAAUCAAGAAGCCACAAAUACAGAAAUUUGAGAAAAUUCAACUUGAAAUACCAGUCAGCCCACAGAAAGCAUACAAAUCGCCAAGUAAAACAUUAUUAAGUCCAAUGAAGAAUAGAGGAUUGAAGGCAUCUAGUCCUCAGAAACGAAUUUUGUUUGAACCUAAAGAAUCGACUCCCAGUCCAGUAAAGGGUAGUCCAACUAAAGCACCAGCUUAUCAACAGUAUCUGUCUUUAGCUGAAAGUGGAACACCUGCUUUACCACUGCCAUAUCAUUACAGAUUUUUGGCAGAAGCAUUUAGAUGUGUAGACACGGUGUCUGCAAUGCUCUUUAAUCGUAAAGAAACAAUAACUUUCAAGAAAUUAAAGCCUGCAGUUCAGGAAUUAUUACGUAAAAACUUUACAUUAGAACACAUGGCACAAAUUAAAACUAUUUACCCGAAUGCAUACCAGUAUCACCAGGAAAAAUAUCGUACCUUUGGUUCUACAUCUAAACAAGAUAAAUAUGAGCUUGUUUUGGUACCGAUUGUAGAAGAAAAAAAUGGAAGAAAUACACCAGACGCAGACGAUGUCUUGAGAACAGCUUCUGAAGUUAGCAUGGGACCAAAAGUAUUAUUAGAUAGACGGAGGAAGGUCUAUAAUGUUUUACUUGAUAAAGUAAAGGAUGAGCACGAGAAAUUUUUGCUCAAUUUGGAAACACCGAUGAAGGUACCAAAGGAGAAGAUUGUACGUUGGCAUCCGGAGUUCAAUGUUGAAAAUUGCAAACCAAUUGAACCAUCAGAAUUGCCUCAGCCACCAAAUGUAGAAAAAGUUACGAGUGCAAAAGACGUUCUUGAUAAAGCAAAAUCACUAUUCAGUUGCGGUACACGCAUGGAAAAAGCAUUACAGCGAUUAGCUGAAGCAAAGAUGACUUCAAAGGCAUCUCCAGAAAGAGAUGAGAAAAACAGUUCAACUCAAACUGUAGAUACUAUGCGGAAAGUUAAUAUUUCGGUUGUGGAUACACCGCCCGCUACACCUACGGUGCAAAAUAAUUUCAUUAAUUCGGCGCUUAAAGGCAUACCAAAGGCGCUUUUAGAGAAGGUGCGGGCUAAACAAGCAGCUAAAGCAUUCGAAGCGAUGACACGAACACCAGAUGCCGACAAAGAAGCUACGAUGUAUUCAAGACUUCCAGAACUGAGUAAAAUCUUACGUAACAUUUUUGUAGCUGAGAAGAAAAGUGUUCUGACUAUGGAAUUCGUAAUUGGAAAACUGGAGAAUUCCUUCAAAGCGAAAUUAACCCCCAAUGAAUUAGAAGAACACAUACGUUUACUAUGUAAAUUACUACCUAUAUGGACUAGUAUACACAACGUAAGAAAAAUAGAUUACUUAAAAUUGCAAAAAGAAGUUGACCUUGGAAAAGUAGUCAAAAGAUUGGAGAUGAUGGCAAAUCAUAAAGUAACAUCUAAAUGAUAUUAAUUGUAUACUAUAAAAUAUUUUCAUUUGAAAUUUAUUAUCAAUGAAGAUUACAAUUUUUUUCAAUUCCUUCAUUAUGUUUUCUACAAUUUACUACUUCAUUUAAUUAUUUAUUCAAUUAAGUAGAUUUGAUGUAGUAGCUAAAUUUUGAUUCAAAGAGGGAAUGUAGAUUUAAUUUCACUUAUAUGCACAAUACAUUAUUUCAUAUACAUCUCAUAAUUAUAAGUAAAAUUAUCAUAUAAUACUAAGAAAUGUCUGAGUUUCUGAUUUCAGGUAAUAGUGUUGUCUAGAAAAUAUUAUGCAAUGUAAAACAUAUAAAAGUGUAUACAAAAAUAAUUUACAUUUAAUUUCCAAUUUAACAUCAUUUAUAAGAUAUCUAAACAAAUAUAUACUUAUUUAUAACA